GGGUGGAUGGAAGCUCUGCCAGAGGGAACUUGAGUCUUCGUUAGGUCCCACCUGGAGAACACAACCUGUGGGUCAGUCAGGAUGCAUCGGGUGAUGAAAGAAGAGUCAAGUUUCAGGACGGGCAGCCUGGAAAAUGUGACAAGGGACCCGAGCAAAGAAAAGCUGCAUGUGAAGCCCUGCAGUGGGUCCUGCCAUGCUGAGCAGAUCCUCCAGACGCUCAACUCCUACCGCCAGAGCGGCAUCUUCACCGACGUGGUGCUGCUAAUUGAUGGACAAGAAUUCCCCUGUCACCGUGCCACUUUGUCAGCCAACAGCACAUACUUCAGGGCCAUGUUUGGUGGCAACCUCAAGGAAGGCCACCAGGAUAUUAUUAAUAUCCAGAAGAUUUCUGCUUCCACCAUGUCUCUCCUCCUCGACUAUAUGUACGGGGGGAACAUCAUCAUUCAGGAGGACAACGUUGAAAGCAUCUUGGAACUGUCUGACUUGCUGCAGAUCUCCAAGCUCAGAGAUGCUUGUGUCACCUUCCUUGAGGACCAGCUCCACCCAUGUAAUUGUCUGGGCAUCAUGAAGUUUGCUGAUUCGUUCUCCAUCACAUCCCUGACAGAGAAGAGCAAGAGGUUCACGCUGGAGUGUUUCGUGGAGGUGUCAUGCCACGAAGAGUUCCUGGAGAUGGAUGUGAAGGAGCUGGUUGAGUAUCUGUCCAAUGAGCAGCUGGUGGUCCCCAAGGAGGAGGUGGUCUUUGAGGCAGUCAUGCGCUGGGUACGGCACGACGUGCCUGCCAGGAAGGGAGCCUUGAAGGAUCUACUCGAGCAUGUCCGCCUGCCACUGCUUGACCCCACUUACUUCCUGGAGAAGGUGGAAAUGGAUGGACUCAUCCAGGACUCCAAGGAGUGCAUUCCCCUCCUGCACGAGGCCCGCAAGUACUACAUCCUUGGGAACGAGGUCAGCUCUUUGAGAUCCAGGCCCAGAAGGUUCAUGGAGCUGGCAGAAGUCAUCAUCAUCAUUGGGGGCUGUGAUAAGAAAGGCCUUCUGAAGCUGCCCUUCACAGACCUCUACCACCCAAAGAGCAGGCAGUGGACAGCCCUCUCCAGUGUGCCUGGCUACACCAAGUCAGAGUUUGCUGCCUGCACGCUGAAGAACGAUGUGUACAUAUCAGGAGGACACAUCAGCAGCAGUGAUGUCUGGGUGCUGAGCUCCCAGCUGAAUGUCUGGAUCAAGGUUGCUUGUCUGCAGAAAGGCCGAUGGAGGCACAAAAUGGCCACACUUCAGGGCAAGAUCUAUGCUGUGGGAGGCUUUGACGGGUUUUUCCGCCUCUCCAGCCUGGAGUGCUACGACACCUUCUCCAACAGCUGGUCAACCUUGGCCCCAUUGCCUCAAGCUGUGAGCUCAGCCGCCGUGGUCUCCUGCCUCAACAAGCUCUACGUGAUGGGUGGGGCUGUGGAUGACACCUCUAACACUGACAAGGUCCAGUGUUAUGAUCCAGAAGAGAACAAGUGGACACUCUUGUCUCCCACCCCUUUUUACCAGAGGUGCAUCAGUGCUGUCUGCUUGGACAACAUCAUUUAUGUUGUAGGUGGACUCCUCAGUAAAAUCUUUAGCUACGAUCCAAGGAAAGACAGCUGGCAAGAAGUGGCCACCCUCCCUGGGCCUCUGGAGAGCUGUGGCUUGACGGUGUGCGGAGGGAAGAUCUACAUCCUGGGUGGCCGAGAUGAGAACGGAGAAGGCACAGACAAGGCCUUUACUUUUGAUCCAGUGACGGGCCAGGUGGAGCAGCAGCCGCCGCUGCAGCGCUGCACCAGCUACCACGGCUGCGUCACCAUCCUGCAGCGCAUGAACAGAUGACCCUGGGGCUCCAACUGCAGCCACCUCCCACCCGGGGCCUCCCCUUGACACAGCGGCCACCCAGCAAGUGGACAGCCAUCUCAGCUUUGUGUGGGGAAGGACGAGUAGAAGCCGCUGCAGAAGGCUUGCUCCAGCCAGCCCCUGAGCAGCCUGAUUGUUUUCCCUGGUGGUGCCGAUGGCUUGGAGGCUGGUCUAGGUGACAGGGUGAAAGGGUGCUGGGCUGUGUGAGGCUGCAUCCCAGACCUUGCCACACUUGCAACCCCUGGAACAACUGGAUCCAACCUUUAUGCAGGUUUUUCUGGCUGUAGCUUGCAGUUUUCUGUCAUGUCGACAACAGAGGCUGGCUCUCCUGCCAGGACACUUAUUUGCUGCUUUCUGAAGCCCAAGCCUGUGGCAUUAACAAUUACUGCUACAAGAUCCAAUUCUUUAGCUAAAGCUACCAGAUAUCUGUGCAUUUAUCUUCUAGAACCCUGUGUCAAACUACAGUGGUGACCUAAAAGGUCAUUAAUAUCCAUGAACAGCCAGACCCGAGACUGAGACUUCAAAACUGAUACCCCAAGAACAUUCAUCCACUUGAUUUCCAAAAACCAGGUUGAAUAGUCCAAGGUCUGACACCAUUCUGCACAUGUUGGAUGAGGGUGUAAAGCACAGAGUGCUCUCUCUUUUCAUACAUGCUCUGUGGUUGGACUGCUGUCUCACUGUGUCAUUGAGAGGACAAGUGAACCAUGUAGCCAAGACUUCCUUCCUCAGAGGGCAGAGGAGUGAUUUGAAAGCCUUGUAGAUGUGGUAUUUAGGGAUGUGGUUUAGUGGUGGCCUUGGCAGUGCUGGGUUAAUGGUUGGACUUGAUGAUCUUAGAGGUCUUUUCCAACCAAAACAGUUCCAUUACUAACACUAACCUGUAGGAAUUAAUGAAGACCUGAAGCAUGGUAGUCACAGAAUCACAUCUGGCUCAUUCUGGCUCUG